CAGUUAAAAYAGGCAUUGGUGCUUGGUUGGUUUUUCCCUCKCAAAUAAUCUUGCUAACAUGCAAUUGCCAUGAAAACCCGGGGAAAAGUAGUGYAUUGAAUAUCUAGUCCAGAGGAAAAGUCACUUGGAUCAAGAUCCAAGACUAAAGGCAUACAAAUGUGGAGACAAAAUGCARGCUAGCSUAUGUAAAUUACGUGGAGUUUGUUUUAUUGAAGCCGCUGAGUUCCGAGUACUACAAUUGUAAAUAGCUGUUCAAUUAACUGUGAUUUUUACAGUCCGAUCUCUUGAUUUUAUACUCGUCAUAAUAUAUUUAUUAUGCCCAUGCCAUCUGCAAAUGGAAAUAUUUCGAUUAUGGAUAAAGAAUUCGGCACAAACUCCAAGAAAAAUACWGAAGAACUGAAGCGACAGGUAGUUAAACUGAAAGCUGACUUGGAAGCAGAGCGCUCCAAACUCAAGCAAGUACACCGCGACAAAACAGCUGAGUUAAAAAGAAUUCAAGAAAACCACGAAAAGGAAAGACAUCGGACUAUUGAAAAUGUUACUAAACGGUUACAAAGUGAACACGCGGUGGAACUCCGCCGCGUUCGAGAGAGYUUGAGUAAAGAGAAGGACAACGAGCUACGGCAGGUUUUAAAAUUCAAAGAAGAGGAAUUAAAAACGUUAAAACAGCAAAUUCAGGAUGAAAAGGAACGUUCAAAACGAACUGAAGAAGAUAUUAAAAAGUCUUAUUUAGACAGAAGCAGAGCAAAUUCUAGCGAAGUUGAACAUAGGCUUAGAGACGAGCUGACUGACCUAAAAGAACAAAAACGMAAACUAGACGAAUUAUACAAACUAAAAUGUGCUGCAGAUUACGAAAAAGCUGAGCUAAUAAGAAGACUGAAGAGUGAACACGAGAGAGAAGUCAAUUCUUUAAUAAAAGAAUCAAAAAGAGARGUUGCMAAAGAGUUUCAACAUUUAAGAUCUGCGGAAAAAGCUUUGGAAGAAAAAAAUCACGAACUUGCAUUCAAGGAUCAGCUUACAAGAAAGCUAGAAGCUGAAAAGCAUGACAUUCGACGAAAGACCUCAGUUGAAUCUUUUCCCACAGACAGUCCUAUGAGAUCCCGUUUGGGUAGCGGGACACAAGAAUCAUCUUUUGCAGAAGUAUCACCGGAAGCCGAGGAAGUUUUUCAGUCAUCACCAAAGGGCCGUUAUGAUAAAGAAAGAGAACUCAGAAAGAAGAAUGCUGACCUUCAAAGUCGACUUGACCAACUGGAGAAGAAGUGCASUAUUCUUGAGAAAGAGAAUGCAUCAAAACAAGCAGGGAGUCAAAAGACAACAGGUCUUGUGGAAGAGAAAGUUAAAAAGUUGAAAAAGAGAAAUUCAGAGCUUGUUUCUAUUGCRCGACAACUUGAAGAAAGAGCUAAAAAACUUCAAGAGGAAAAGAAUGCAAUGUUGAAACAAGCAAACAGCAAGGCAGAUCCCAGUGCAGARGUGGAACACAUGAAGAAGAUGUUUGCAAGACAAAGGGCCAAAGAUCUUGCCGARCAAGCAAAGUCGCAUAUGCAAAAAGACAGUGAAAUAGAAAACCUUCGCAAGCAACUGGAUUCGAUGUCUGGAGGCAAACUUGAGGCACAAAAUGACAAGGUUGAAGAACUUCAGGAAAUCAUUAAGAAGACAGCAAAAGAAAGGCUGGUCUUGGAAAAGAAACUAGCAUCAAUUGAACCCCAUAGUGCCAGUCCCUCACUUACUACAAGUGUCGAUGGGGAGCUUGGAACAUACAGCAAACUAAGGUCUCCAGAAGUUGACAGUGUGCAUUUGCAAAAAGAGUUAGAAGACAAAGAAAAGGAAUGCGAACAUCUUAGAAAUUCAGCUGAAGAGAUGAAAACAAAAUGUUCCAAAUUGGAGCUUGAACGUGAAAAGUUUGCAGCAAAGUGCACCAUGCUUCAUCAGAAAAACGCUGAACUUGGAAAACGAUUGAAAGAAUUUAACAAGCUUGAGGAAGAGAUAAAGAGUUUAAAAGAAAAYCUACAAAAAACCGAAGAACAACGACAUGUUUUGGAACAUGAAUGUCUGAAACUCCGAGGACAACUGAAUGGUUUGAUGCACGUUAAAGAGGACUUAGAGAAUUCAGAACAGCAGAGAAAACAKCUCGAAAAAGAACAUGUCUCAAGUGUGUCACGACUCAAAGAACGUGAAGAGGAAAUCAGACAGCUGCACAAGAUUCAAGAGGAAUCAACCCGUUCACAUCGAUUGGCCGUUACGUCACUAGAAGGUGACGUCAGAGCAUUAGAACAGAAGUGCGCAGACUCCGAUAACAGAGCAAAUAAUCUCAAAAAUGAACUCGAAAAGCUAAAAUCUGUCAAACGAAGUAACCAGCAUAAAUCUACCCAGACGUCUCCAGAACAAUCUCCUGUACCACGUCAUGAGUCACUUGUUGUCGCAGAAAAAGAGAGGAAGCCUGAGAAUGAGGGAAUUAAUUCUUCGGAUAUCCUCGAUGUGGCUGCAUCGCGUAUCAAUCAGCUGGAAAUGUCAGAUAGCGAAGAGGAUUCAUUGAGUGGACCAUCUCUUUCUAACAAAAGAACAAAGGCAGACGAAGAUGACAUUGCAUCAUUAUCACRCCGUAUCAACCAAGCCACCUAUAGCGAUGAAAGCGCAAGUAUGGUGGACGAUAAAUAUGAGAGCGAUACCAGUCGAGACGCAAAUAGCAUGGCCGAGGGAGACUUGGCCGACAUGGAAGACAAUGACAUCACWACAAGUAUGAUUGACGGCGAUGAGACUGGUAAUGACCUGGAUAGUUACCUUGACCACAAUAAAAACGUAAACAAAGAGUCAGAUAUCGACGAGGAUAACUUGGCGGUGUUUAUAGCGCGAUAUAGUUAUGAUCCGUACCAACAUUCACCCAACGACUUCCCUGAUGCUGAACUCGCUUUUCAAGCUGGUGACUACUUGUACGUGUUUGGAGAUAUUGAUGAGGACGGUUUUUACCUUGGUGAACUCAUGGAUGGACAAAGAGGACUUGUACCUUCAAAUUUUGUCGAGAAGAUAGCAGAUGAAAGUGAACUUCCAUGGAUCAAUGGAGAACAAGUCGAGAAUGCUGAUGAUUACGAAAGGGACGAAGAGGAAACUCAAACUAAACCAGACGAAAAUGGAAAAGAACCAGUGGAAAGGCCUCCUAAAGUCGUAAAAUUCUCUGGCAAACUGCAUCGUAAUCUUCGGUUGAAUGUUGAACAUAUUCCCGACUCCAACCUUGGCGACAUCGAGGAAGAAGAAGACGAGGAGUCACGGGAGGCAUUAAAUAGUAGCCACGAUGGCUUCCGUAGUGACGACACAGACCUCGAACCAAUCAGAAUCCCAUCUCCGAAGCACGUGAUGCUAGAACGUCAGCAUACCCGUAGUAUUGUAAUUAACUGGAAAGCCGCUGACCUUCCUCCAGAAGAGAUCAAGGGCUACGGUGUUUAUGUGAACGGUGAGAUGAAGAUGAUAGUGAAGGGAGGCAACAACACCAAGGCCUUAAUCGAGGACAUCGAUCYAACUAAGACUUACCGCGUGUCAGUCAGAACCAUCACUACCCUUGGUGACGAAUCUCACGACCAGGAAGCCAUGUUAACCAUUGGGAAAGAUGCCUCAGUUGCCCCUGGCAACCUUCAGGUUAAUGACGUAUCACCUACGUCAGCGAAGAUCGAAUGGUUACCUGGAGACAGUUCGUACAGCCAUGAGAUCAUUGUUAACGGGACUCCACUGCGUACAAUCAGGCCUGGUACCUAUCAGUACACCCUAACAAACCUAGAACCCAAGGAACAUUACCGAGUUCAUGUACGAGCGAGAAAUCCAAGGAUAUCUCUUGACAAAGAUUCAAACGAUAUUGAAAACGACUCGCUGGCCAAAKCGAUAGAGUUCACAACAACUGAAGGAGGUGCYCCCGACCCUCCUCUUAACGUCAACCUAGUACCCACGGCCUCCCGAAGUGGUCCAAAUACGUUAGAGGUGAGCUGGAUCCCAGUUACCAUAACUGAGCAAGGGACCUCCAAUGGUGCCCGUGUUACUGGCUACAAAGUCUACAUCAACGAUGUGACAUGCGCAGAGGUAACGUCACCAACAGCGGAUUGCGUGACUGUCGCUUCAUGGAUGAUCGAACGUGCUGUCAAGAAAACGAAAGCUGAAACCAUCCGUCUAACAGUUCGAACCCAGUCUUCGUAUGGUGAAUCUGUCGCGUCCAACGUUGUUUCCAUUCCUCUUCAUACGUUUAACUUUGAGGCUAAUAAACUAAUCGGUAGUCAACCCUUGGGGACCAAUGUGAAACCUAGACACACCGAUUCUCAUCAAAACGAUCUUAAAGAUGAAAUCCAAGAAAAAAACAAUUCAGUUGAAAAAGAUGGUAAACAAGAAACAUCAAAGCCUACUGCUAAGCCAAGACUAGACAAGCUUAAUCCACCAGUACCCAAAGCAAGAACUAAGGGGAAGCCUGUUGUGUGGAAGGUAGACGUGGAAGAAGACGACAGCUGGGAAGACAGCAACAGAAGUGGAGGAGAUAGUGCACUAGACGAAGACGAACAAGUCGAGAUCUGUAACCUCGACAUGAAUGAACAACAGAACAAAACACUAAGCAAAGAUAAACUUCACAACAAAGAGGUGGACGAGCAAGUURAGAUAUCUAAAAUCAGUGUAAAUGAUCAAAAAUACACAACGCCAACCAAAGACAUCACAAAUAACCACAAAAAGGAGAAMGAAUAUGAACAAGAUGAAAAACAAAAAGUAAACGAAGAGGRUCAAAAAGCAAAAGAUCAGAAACAAGUGCUUCGGAGCGAAUCACAAGAUAAUAACGCCGAAAACACACCAAGGGAUGAAUUACCUGAGAGGAAGAUUUCAGGAUUAAGUGAUAUUGACGUSGAUGAAUUAAACAAAUCUCUUAAAUCGGCYACAAGUUACAAACGUGACAAGAAAACCAAAUCAAAACCAGACGCCAAAGAACCAUUUUUGACUCCGGUCGACCUGAGCGACAGUGAGAUUGGUGACUCGAGUGACGAUUCCUUGUCUGUUAUCGACGAAGAAGACGAAGGGAUGGAAGUCGAGGAAGCAGACGUCUCAUCCAACAAAAGAAAUAGUCGCUCGUCGAGAAGUCAUUCUGCAACAGAAAGCUUCMGAAGCGACGAUGAUGUGAUGGAUCUGUUGGAUGACGAGCCCGAGGAAGCAAAUGUCCUUGCUCUUACGGCRGCAAAUGUUAGGAGAUUUUCUCAGGAACAAAAGGCCGUUCAARAACAAGACGCAUUAGCGGGAAACGAAGCCAAUGAAGGACUAAUGAAAUACCUCGUUAGCUCAGAGAACCAAUCUCAAAAUGACGCUGAUAUUGACCAAGAAAAUGAACCAAAAAAUCAAGUUUAUAGCGAUGUGGAGGCCGACCAGUUUGAAGGUGCAGAACCCUACGAAACGUCUACCCCGACAAUGCCAAGAAAGAGUAUAGAAGACGAGUCGAAUCUUCAAGACAACAAUACAGACACAGACGUGACAGCUAAUAGGACUUAUACCUUAGAAGACAACGAAGAAAACCCUGAAGAUAUUCAAGAAGAUGAGCUUAUACGWAUAUUUAUUGCUUUGUAUGACUAUAAUCCAGCCAUACAAUCACCAAACCCUGACGCCGAGGAAGAGGAGCUCGCCUUCAGUGAAGGAGAUCUCAUUAAGAUCUAUGGUGAUAUUGAUCCCGAUGGAUUCUACUGGGGCGAGAUGGACGGACGCGCUGGUUUUGUACCUCACAACAUGGUGUCCGAGGUGCAAGUCGACGAGGACGAUUUACUCGACCAAUCAUCGUCUCCUCUUCCUGAGUCACAGGCCCAUGACUUGCYAAAUGAGGUUYCUAACCAAUAUGUUCAGGAGCACCCCAUCAAUGACGUUCCUAAUGAAGACCAGUAUAACGAAAUGAACCACGUCAAUAUGGUUCCAAGUGGUAAUAAGUACCUUGUAGAUAAUGUCCCUGAUUCUCAUUAUGAACAAAAYGAUAAUCGACGUGACCAGCUUCUCAUCGAUGGUACAGAGACGCAGUAUCCGACAGURAUCGUCCACAAACCGAGCGACGCGAGCCUGCAUGAACCACAGUUCUUCGAAGACCCCACRCCAGAAUCUCAGAACGUUACAAAUGAGACUUUCACCGUGAGCGACGGUGAGGAUAGUUUUGGGUAUGAUGAUCCAAGAAAUAGUCUUAACUACACACUAGAACCAAGGAAGAUGGUAGCUUUGUUUGAUUAUGACCCGCAAAUGCUGUCACCCAACCCUGACAAUGAGGUUGAAUUGAAGUUUCGAUCGGGUGACAUACUGUACGUUUAUGGGGAAAUGGACGAAGACGGAUUUUACACGGGUGAAAUCAGCGGUGUUCGAGGUCUUGUACCAUCUAAUUUCCUUGAAGAAUUUCAAGAUACAAGUCCACCGUCAACACGGGAACAGUCGGAUGUCAGCGUCAUUAGCGAGGAGUCGACCCCAGGUCCCAGCAAAACACCAAACGGUACCCAGUCUCCCAGAGAGGAACCACAGAAGAAGAAAAAGGGGAUUUUCUCGAAAGGCAAGCAAAUGCUUAAAAAGAUGACCAAGAGUCAACCAUCGAAAAAAUAGCACUGUGUAAUAUUUAUUAUUUAUUGCUGUAAAUAAGAAUUUUAUAAAGAGUUUUAUUGGAAAUGGCAACGAGACAGAGRAUUUAGUCUCCUCUUCUAAGACGUCUUAUGUUUCGGGCUCUCGUUGACUUUUAUUGCGACACAGGGAGCCCGACCAUACAGAAAAAAGCACAGAGACCCCGAACAAAAAAGACGACAGAGAAUGGAUACUAAAAAACUGUCAUUAGCUAUAUUGAAUUGACGMUAUCGAGUCAGUUUUGUAUUUAACAAUUGAAACAAACAAAAUGUACAUUAGAAUCACCGAUAAGAAGUUUUAGCUAGAUAAACCGGUCAAACAGGUUUAACUUGAAGAGUGCUACCAUAGAAUGUGGAAUUUUUUUCCUACCACGAAAAUUAGUCGAAUUUUGUAUGAUAUGAAAAAUAUUAUAGCGAUGUCUCUAGUAUAGAUAAACGCUAACAGAGUGUUUUUAAUAUAACCAAGGAAUGAUAUUACGCUUAUUUUGAAAGUUAUAUAGUGUGUGCGCAUAGAGUACUCUAUCCCGACAUCAAAUAAACUUGAAAAUGGUGUCCACUUAAAUAUGCAUUUGUAAUUUUAGAAAUGUCACGUGACUCAUGUGSAUUGAAAGGUGUGCUUCAGUCGAGAACGGAAGCGACAUUUUUUUAAAAUUCUAUAUGCAAGAAAUGUUUCACGUGCGAAAACUGAGCUUGUAUCAAGACACGUGACAAUUCUAACAUCGGUUAAUGUAUUUUUAGGUGGACAAUCUUUYCAAAGUCGGGUAUGAUAUGUAUAUAUUUGUAGCCAAUAGUUUUUAAAAGAAACAACUAAACACAAACAUUUCAUUCUUAAAAAAAAGAACUUUUGAAAAUCAGAAUUGUUACUUAGAAAUAGUUUUAGGGUAAUCCCAGUCAUAUAUCCCUGAGCAACAGUCGUAAAGUAUUUUGAUGAAUGAUUUUUAAAAGUAUAUUUUCAAAAUAGAUACCGUUCUUAAAUUACAAAGCUCUAUUUAGGUAAAUGAAAUUAUCUGGCCAAUCCGACCGCCAGUGGUCGCAUUACUUGAUAUUUAUUGACCAGUAUAACAUGCACUGAUAUAUAUUUUAUCAAACAUUUGUAAAAUACCAUUGCUUACCUUUCACAUUGAAAUAAAAACGUUUUUAAACAUCUAAA